AUGCUGCUUACUAUUUAUUUUUUUCUUCCUCCAUCGAAUGUUCGAGACUGCAUCUUUUCCUUUCAUUUAUUUCUCGCCAUUUCAGACAAUCCUUCAUCCUUUUUCUUUUUACUCUAUACCACCAUAAGAGACAGAUCCCUCACGAUAGCUUGUAGUUCAUCACACGAAUUAAUGUCGUCAUCAACAAUUUACUCACUUCAUUAUUUCAAUGGUCGUGGUCGUGCUGAAACAAUUCGAUUGAUUUUCGCCCAAGCUGGGGAAAAAUUCGAAGAUCUUCGUCAUUCACCUGAUGAAUGGGCAAAACUAAAGAGUCAAAUGCCGUUGGGUCAAUUACCCGUCUUAGAAAUCAAUGGUGAAAAGUAUCCUCAAUCAGGAUCGCUUGCCCGUUAUGUCGCUCGACAAUUCAAACUUGCUGGAAAAGACGAUCUCGAAUCAUUCAAAUGCGAUAUUGUUGUUGAUACCAUACAAGAGAUCAAUGAAGCCUAUUACGAAAGAUGGUUUCAUAUCAAAGAUGAGAAACGAAGAGACGAAGAACAAGCGAAAUUCAAAACUGAUUUGUUACCAAAAAAAUUAGCUGGCCUCGAAACGCUGAUGAAGACAUAUGGAAAUGGAACAUGGGCUGUUGGUAGUCAUGUGACAUGGGCGGAUUUAUUGGUAUACGAUUCAAUACAAAAUAUUCUUCGAAUUGAUGCCAAGGUUUUGGAUGAACAUGAAGUCUUGAAGAAAAAUCGUGAAGCGGUUGAGAAAUUACCGAAAAUUGCGGAGUAUUUGGCUAAUCGAAAAGAAACACCAUUUUAA